AGGUGUGAUUGUAAGACUCUGGAGUAUCUGGUUGAUCUUCUUUGUUAAUAAAUUUAUGAUUUCGUUUGUUAUUUGAUAAAUUAAGAAUGUGAGAAGAGGGUGUGUCCUCUCUCUCUCACUCUGAUAAAAUGGAAAAUAGUGUUUCUGUUUUGGUUUCUAUGAAUUUGGCGCUCCAACAAACAAAUCCCUCCAAUUCUCCCCUCUGUCCCCGUUACCCCACAAUCUCUCUCUCUCUCAAAAGAGUACUUCGCUCCUUCAGUCCUUCAUAAGGCCCUCUCUUGCACCAGUCUUUUCAGCCAAACUUCAAAACAAAAGGACUUAGCUUCUUGCCGGUUGUUAUUGUUUCUAAAACACUUAACCUUUAAUAACAAAACAGUUUUUUACUUAAAUUUUUUGUGGAGUUCUUCAGUGAAGGGAUAUAUAUUUGUGUAUAUAUAGAGAGAGAGAGAAGGGCCCCAGGUGUGGUUUGUUUGAAUGGCAUCGAGUAGUUUGCGGAGUGUCUCAAGCCUUCUAUGUGCAGAGGACAACAACAGCGUCUUCGACGAAAAUGAUUACGGCGGUGGUUCGGUGUUGUUGGCGGACACGUGGCAUCAUCCUAGGCAUCAAAACCGUGAGGAGUUACUGUGGCAAGUGCCACAAGCGGUUAGCGAAGAGUAUUUCGUGUUAAUGGUGGAGAAAGAGUGUGACCACUUGCCUUGUCAUGAUUAUCUUCAUAGGCUCACAAAUGGGGAUUUGGAUUUUGGGGCCAGAAAUCAUGCCAUUCAUUGGAUUCAAAAGGUUCGAGAGCAAUUUGGCUUUGGAGCCCUCUCUGCUUAUCUUUCAGUAAAUUACUUGGACCGUUUUCUUUCUUCGUAUGAACUACCAAAGCAAAGGGUUUGGACAAUGCAAUUGUUGGCUGUGGCUUGCUUAUCUCUUGCAACCAAAAUAAAUGAGACUGAUCCUCCUCUUUGCCUUGAUUUGCAGGUUGGUGAAUUAAAAUUUGUAUUUGAAGCAAAAACAAUCCAAAGAAUGGAGCUUUUGGUACUUAGCACAUUGAGAUGGAGAAUGCAAUCAAUUACCCCUUUCUCCUUCAUUGACUAUUUCCUUUACAAGGUCAAUGAUGAUCAAAAUCCAACAAGAGAUUCAAUUAUGAGAUCCAUCCAACUUAUACUGAGUACCGUAAAAGGGAUUGAAUGCUUGGCGUUUAGACCAUCAGAGAUUGCAGCUGCCAUAGCAAUAGUUGUGGUAAGGGAAACAAAAACAGUGCACACUGAGAAAGCAAUUUCUCUUCUGAAUCACCUAGUGGAAAAGGAGAGAGUGUUGAAAUGUGUGAAAUUAAUCCAAGGGUUGUCAUCAAAGGAUGGUUUUACUAAUAAGGACACAAGAAGUGGUUCUGUUUCUGCCCCUUUGAUGCCACAAAGUCCAAUUGGGGUGUUGGAUGGUGUGUGCUUAAGCUACAAAAGUGAGGACACUCAUGCUGCUGCUUCAUAUGCAAACAUUAAUUCAUCUUCACAUAUUACUAGUCCAGAUGCUAAUAAAAGGAGGAAGCUAAAUAAUAAUAAUAAUAAUAAUAAUAAUAAUAAUAAUAAUAAUAAUUCCCAUGCAGCACCAGCAUAGGUAAUAAUAAUGUUAGAGGGAACCAACAACUAAUAACUAUGAAAGGAAAGUGUGAAAUUUGAAUUGCUUUAACUCCUCGGCAAUUCAGAUUUUUCCUUUGUAGUUGCUGGUUGUUUCUUCUUUUCUACCUGUCAAAUUAGUAUUUUCCUUAGAAUACGGGAAAAAGGAGGAUGUUAUAUAUGGAAGCAAGGAUAGUAGAUGAAAGAAGAAAAUGU